AUGAAGGUUGCGUUGCAAUCAAUCUCGGAUGACUCGAGAUAUUGUGCAAGAUUCGUUUCGCAAUCGGCAGCGCACGGCCAACCACCUAUUCCGCACAACUACAACUUCAGUAUGGAACAAUCCAGGUUGGCACUUUCUGGUCAGGAUGGCUACACGUACGAAUGCACGGUAGAAAUCGUCUUUCGUUAUCCGCCUGGUGAAUACAACAACUGGUCUUGCGAAGUGACGAAAGAUAACAUGGACCAAUUUGUCACUUCGUCCGGAAUUCGCGUGUCUGGAAACUUACACGUGUUCAUGGGGAUAUUGCACGAUAUUAUUGAAGGCAAUCUGCCCCGUUGGGCACCAUCAACUCAAGCAAUGAGCGGUAACCUGCGAGUGGCAAGAAAUCCCUCGCCGUACUAUAUGGAGCUCAAGCUCCAGUUUCAACUGCGCGACUUGAGUGCAGACUGGACAUUUCCUAUGAUACCAGACAACGCAUCGGAUAUCCAGGCACGUGAAGCAGCUAAAUUGAUGAAGAUACCGAGUGGGGAAGGAGAAUAA